UAGUAAUGAUGAGCUUCUUUUUAAUUACUAUACUAGUAGCUAUAUGAAAAUUUGUUAAUUCUAUCUUCCCAGAAUUUAGUAUUUAUAUCUCACCUCGAGUCUUUUUAGAAUGGAAAGCUAACCAAAGAGAGAAUAACCUAAAAACUCAUUUCAAAAACAAACACCAAAAACAUGUCAACAACACCAACACAAUUUUCAUCUUCUUCUUGUUUUUCUUCAUCUCAGAACAUUGUUUUCAAUUAUGUCUACUCUUUAUCUCAAACACCACAUAAACUGAGAAAAAGAAUGUUAGCUACAUGGACACCAGAUGAAGAACUAAAUCAAGUUAGGUUGAGAUCAGGUUCAGACAUGAAAAGAAAACUUAAAUGGCAUGAUUUAAUAGCUCUUGGUGUUGGUGGUAUGCUUGGUGCUGGUGUUUUUGUUACAACAGGUCAAGUAGCUCAUAAAGUUUCAGGUCCUGCAGUCUUCAUUUCGUAUAUUAUCGCUGGCGUUUCCGCUCUUCUUUCUUCUUUAUGUUACACCGAAUUCUCCGUUAAUAUACCUGUUGCUGGUGGUGCCUUCAGCUAUCUAAGAGUAACUUUUGGUGAAUUUGUGGGUUAUUUUGCUGGAUUAAAUAUACUAAUGGAAUACGUGUUAUCUAACGCUGCUGUUGCUCGAAGUUUUACGGAGUAUCUUUGUAGAACAGUAGGCGUAGACCCGGAUUCCUGGAGAGUUGAAGUAGAUGGUUUGACAGAAGGUUAUAAUAAAUUGGACUUCCCAGCUGUUGCUCUUAUACUUGUCCUUACUCUAUGUCUUUGUCAUAGUACAAAGGAGAGUUCUAUACUGAACUUGAUCAUGACAGUAUUCCAUGUUAUCUUUUUCUGUUUGAUUGUAAUUGCUGGUUUUUACAAUGGAAGUGCUAAAAACUUGAUAAAACCGAAAGGAUUGACUCCGUUCGGUGUUAAAGGUGUUCUUGAUGGAUCAGCUAUUGUUUACUUUAGCUAUAUUGGUUAUGAUUCUGUUUCGACCACGGCAGAAGAAAUCAAGAACCCAUCAAAGAGCCUUCCCAUAGGCAUCAUAGGGUCUGUAGCGAUUGUUUCGGUGCUCUACUGUUUGAUGGCGUUGGCUUUAUGCGUGUUGGUUCCAUAUAAUGAGAUAUCCGAUACAGCAUCAUUUGCUUUCGCUUUCGAAAAGAUGGCUGGAUGGAAAUGGGCGGGUAACAUUGUCGGAGCUGGUGCAUGCUUAGGGAUUGUAGCUUCACUUCUAGUUGCUAUGUUAGGUCAAGCUAGAUACUUAUGUGUGAUCGGACGAGCUCGGCUUGUUCCUGUUUGGUUAGCUAAGGUUCAUCCUUCUACCGGCACUCCUAUGAAUGCCACUGUCUUCUUGGGGGUAUGCACAGCAACAAUUGCACUCUUCACAGAGCUCCACAUAGUACUUGAAAUGGUCUCCAUCGGAACACUACUCGUCUUCUAUCUCGUAGCUAAUGCAUUAGUAUAUCUAAGAUAUGUUGACACAAACAACAUGAGUAACUCACUUUCUACACUAAUCUUCCUAUUGCUCCUGUCGUCAAGUGCAAUAGGCUUUUCUAUGUCAUGGAAACUGAGAGAAGAAUGGUGGAGCUUAGCUUUAUUUGGUAGUGCCUCUAUCAUAAUCACCGGCGUUUUCUAUUACAAGGUUCCUAGCGUUUACCGUCCAUCAAUAUGGUCAGUACCAUUAAUGCCUUGGCCAGCUGCAACAUCUAUCUUCCUCAAUAUUUUUCUUAUGACUUCCCUUAAUAAGAGGUCUUUCCAAAGAUUUGGAAUAUGGGCCGGUGUAAUUAUCUUGUUCUACAUAUUCUAUGGUGUCCAUUCAACAUACAGUGAAGAAGAAAGAGAUCAAGCUAGGGUUAGUAGUCAUUAUCAAGUGAGCCCACCAUCAAGUUCUUCAAUUCAACAAGAAAGUAAGGUAGAUUUGCAAUUGGUUUAGUUAGCCAUGCAUAAGAUUUGUUGAUCCUUCGCAA